AUGAUGAAAGUAACUUUUGACCAGUACGUGCAACAGGCCAAAGACGCUUUCCAAGCGCUGGGUGUCUCGACGGCUCCCAUUGAUGCCGUUGGUAGUUUAUUAGAGUCAGACUUUCCCAUAAGUGAAGUUCGCAGACUUGAGCAAGCUAUCAAAGAAGAAAAUAAAUCGUAUAUAAAGUUUCUUGAGAGUGUGAAUUUUGAUAUUUUAGAUUUGAAAAAAAAAAUGGAAAGCGAUAUUGCAGACAAAGAAGACGUCGUCAUGUUGUCGCGAAAAAUGGAUGAGCUGAAGAUCGUACUGCAAGAUGACGCUGGUACUCCAUAUAUGUCAGGUAAGUCACAGUGAACAUCAUAAAAUUAAACCUCCAAUAAUAAUAUAAAUGAACGUUAAAUUCCAAAACUAUAACUCCUUCCUAAACCACUGAUGUUUUCCUAUAUCGGAAUUAGAUCGCUAUUAUUAAAAAGUGAAAGCCAUUUAUAGCUAUGUCGCAAGUUCAAAGGGCGGCAGCUGAAUCGUCCAACUCGCUUCAAACCCCUCCGAUUACAAAAAACGAAGACUGUAGUUCCUUGGAUGGUGAGUAAGCGAACGCAGUGCAAGCUUCACACGGUUACAGCGUCCGAAGUCUGGUCGCUGGCUCAUAAGCACAACUUAUCUCAGUCGGGAGAAUUAAGCUUAUUAGUAAGCUUAAUUUUUUUUUACUGUAGAUUCAAGUAAGAAUAAUACAAUAAGCUUAAAUAAGUAAACAAGAUUCAUGUAUUUUCUCGUUCUCGAUUCUUUACAUUUGGCGUAUACUGUCCAAAACUCAUCAUUAUGUUCUAGCAUUCAAUAAGUUUUUUUCCUCUACAAACGGGGCGACGGUCCCCUCAAAGUAACGAAAGCCAAAGAGGUAACCUGCUGCUAGGAUAGAAUUUUGACAACACCGGCUGUGACAAAAAAAUAAUCCUCACCUUCUGUCAUCAUGUCAUUAUUUUUUACUGGCGUUCUCUUUCCCAUUGUAUUUCUCUUUCGCGUUGCCUUGUCUAUUCAUUCUAGCUCUUUCUCGUUCUGCUUGCCAACGUUCUUCGCUGAAAAUUUCUCUGUUUGUUCUAACCCUGGCUCGUUCUGCUUCUCGGCGCUCUUCACUACAAUUUCUCUGUUCUUUCUUGCCCUGUGUCUUUCUAAUUGCCAACCUUCUUCGCUCACUACAAUUUUGUCUCCUUCUUCUACCCCUAAAGCGCUCUCUUUGGCGAUUUUCUUCGUUGAUUGCUCUACACCUGUUGACUCUUGCUCUCUGCCGUUCUCUUUCUCUUAGCCUGAGUGGCAGGCUUGCCCUUCGCCUAAAACCUAUUCCCUACACGCUACAUUAUCUCUGCUGUUGUUUGUUGACAUUUAAGAAAUGGUAAACGUGCAGCGUGCAACCAUGGAGUUAUGGAUGCACGCGGGAGGUUGCUAAGCACGAAAGAAGCGUAAGAGUCGCACGAGGCGAUAGCCGAGUGCGACUCUAGCUUUUUGAGUGCUUAGCAAACCUCCCAAGUGCAUCCAUAACUCCAUGGUUGCACAGCUGCAACGUUUACCAUUUCUUUUAUAACAUAAUCAAAAGAGAAAAACAUUAUUUUCCAUUUGCCUUCAGUUGAGUCAUCGGUCCGAGUUCAUGUAUGGUGACAUCUGCCCGCGCGUAAACAAAUCAUGUUCUAUGUUUUUCAAAAACUUGCCUUUGAGUUUUUCUUUCGCUGAAUCAACCGUUCUCCGUCCUCAGGUAAAUUGCAAAACGUUUUUCGUUGUUAUUCUGAAUGGCAUCUGUCUACUUGCUCUUAAUAUUAGGGUAAAAACUUUGAGGGAAAACUAUAGCUGCAACUAUAAACACCAACUAAAAGGACUCUAAAAAAUAAGCUAAAACUAAAUAAAUGAAAUAAUUAUCAAGCUUAUUUAUGUGACAAUUUUUGAAAUAAACGCAAAGUAGAAAUGAGAAAAUUUGACUGUAAUUCCUUUAGAAUAACAGGUAACACUAAUUUUAAAAAGAGAAAUUAACUAGCUUUGUAUCGAAAUCUGUCUGGGGAAAUCCGCUAUGAAAGUGAAAGUUGAAACUGAAAUUCGCCGACACACAGCCGGCGCUGAAGCUGUUGUUUUUCGACCGUUCUCCGAACGACUGUUAUGAAUGAACACUGAGGAACAAAAUAAUACACACAGAAGUUAUUUUUUGAAAAAUUUAUUUGAAAACCCAAAUGUUUCUGUACUCAAAUGAAAUUCGCUUAUUCCAGCGUUAUGUGCCCGUUUAAACUCAACUAAAAUUUUUAAUCGAUGCGAUGAAAACUUCACAACAAAGCUGUCUCGAAUUUGAGCGUGUUUCCUAAAAUAUUUGCUUGAAUUUAGCAUCAGCUUGACCAAAAAGUCAAUAACACAAUGCUAAUUGAUAAUUUUCCUUUCCAAACAGACUUUCUCUUCUACAAAAAAACACACAAAAUGUACCUUAAAUCUUCGCUCGCUCGAUUUUCUUUCAGCAGAUUCUAGCCGCGAGGAAAACAGUGAUUCAUUCAUCCAGGGCAAAUUUGUCGCUUGAUCUUUUGUCUUUUUUCCUUCAAAACGACAGCUUAGUAUUUUCUUCAACUUCCACUUUUCAUCUGUGCAUUUCAUUGGUGUAUUUUACCGUCAGGAGAGGAGAUUUGUUGAAUUUGCCUAAAUUUUACCGCGCUAGCUCAGUUUCUUGGCGUGCACCCACGGGCAAACGGUAGUGGCUGACUGACCAAUCAGAGCGCGCGAUUUACUUGUGUUAUGUUAUAAAAUACCUUUCGUAACUACUAUAAUUGCGCAACGUUGGCCUUUCGAUUUCCCGCCAAAAAACUCUACUUUCCCCUACCCAAAGAGUCCGUACGCUAGGCGACGUUAGCCAUGCGAUUUCCCGCCCAAAAAAAUCCCUUCUUUCCCCUAGCUACCCGGAGAGCCCGUAAGGAACUUUGCCCUAUGCGAUUUCCCGCCAAAUAAAUCUCUGCUUUCCCCUACCCCAAGGGUCCGUGCGGAUUACUUUCCACUACCUGGAGAGUCCGUACAGACGAACGCUGACGUCAUAACCAAAUUUUCUCGCAUGGAUAGUUUACCAAAUUUUCUUAGCUAUGUGGCUACGCUCGCGCGCGAGGAGCUUCGCUAUUAAACCCUUGACAACCUCGUUCCCAGGGUUCUCUCCUACCUGUCCCUACGGAAAGCCGGUGUUAGAAUGCAACAACAGGGCUCUCACUAUGGACCCUCAGACCUUUUUAUCUCCGUUUAAAAGUGGCUUUAUAAGCUGCCGACCUUGUUUCCCUCUCCAGUCUCUUUUCUGAAACAUGCAUGCUGAUUUUCCCACAUCUUCCAGCUCCAUUUCAAGUUGUGCGUCUACAAAAUGGUUAAAGCGGGCCCAAUCAAGGCAGUUUUGGCACUGAUCUAUCAUGACGUCAUAUAUGAUGUGUUAUUUUUACCUCCCCCGAUUAAUUAAACUUUUCGCUAUAUGCAUUUACGCAAUGAAGACAUGGUGAACCUUGCCAAGUAAGUGACCUGCAUUCAGCCUGUUGAUACGACAAUCUAGUUCACUGCCGAUCACUCAAGGGACUCCUUUUUUUUCUUCACAAUUUUCCUACCAAGAUGCUGCGAACCUGUUUAAGCCUGGUCAGUGGUGAUGAGAGAAGCAAUCAAUCUGACAACCUGUUAGAAAUUUUUUAAUAGUGUGCAGUUGAGCACAGAACUGAUCAGGGUGAUAGGGAUGAUCUUCUAUAGAUCGAUAGUCAGAGAGAGUUGACUUAGCUCCUAUGUUUUUAAAAGGCAUAGCAUGAACUUUUUUAUCCCAUAAAGGUGACAUUUACUACGCUUCACUGUACUUACUUUUGCAUUUUUGGGCAACUGCAGGUAAAAGUCGUGCUAGUUAUCGUGGAAUUCGUAACACGUUUGGCUUUCCAGAGGCACUUGGUUUUACUUUUUGACUGAUUGCCUUUUUACGUGUUAAGCCAUUUUUACAGAAUAGACCAAACUACUGGAUUGUUUUGUUUUAAUUCAGUAGACUGAGUUUACUUAUAUUAUCAUUAUCAACAGCUCGUCUUCGUCUGCUGAUUGAUUGUGCGGAAAUCAAAGGGCUUUGUCCUCAGGGAGGAGCUACAGGGGGAAUAGUAACUCAGCAGGAAGCACAGACAGUGCAAAAAGAGGGACAAGCACCUAAUGGACCCCGAGGAGUGGUCGAAGGAACAGCAGCUGCAGGUUUAGAUCAAGAAAGUGUCAGGAGGGGAGCUGUUCCUUCUUCACAGGAAGUUUUAAAUUCAAUUGCAUCAAACUACUUACAGGAACUCAAACCAUCAACACCUGACGAGUUUGAUAAAUUUAUUCAGUACAUGAAAGAGGUGCGUAAAGUCAUUAUUGUGGAUGUUCACAAUGGAAUUUUAAUACUCAUACUGGAAUGUAGCUCUCUUCAGAUCCUUGACGAACUCUGGGAAGACUAUUGCACAGGUCACCUAAAUGAAGUGGCACAAAAAUUUCUUGUAACAGAAGAAAUUCUCAAGGAAUUUGGCCUAGCUGAAGUAAAACUCACAACAACUAUUAACGAAGAGGAAUACAAAGCUUGUCGUGAGCUCUUCUUGAAUCCUUCAAGUAGGUAUUUGUAUAGGUAAUAGCAUGAUUUGUAGUGAUAUUUCAAAAUUGUUAUACGUUAAAUUCAGUUGUAAAUUUCACGAGCCGUUAGGCGGGUGAAAUUUGAGACAAUUUUGAAAUAUCAUGAGUGGUAUUUACGCCAAAUAUCCCUACUACUCGCAAAAGGUUUGUAAUUUUUACAUGUAGGUAUUUCAAAUUAAGCUGAAAUACCACAACUCUAAGCCAAUCAAAUUGCAGUAAUUUCUCAUGUAGCAGUAUAAAGACCGUAAUCAUGAAUCCUAAAUGCACGUACUGAUGUUUAACGGGGAUACUUAAUUUUCGAAAACAAUUAUUAUUAUUAUGGAUUACAAUUUGGUCUGUUAUACUACUACAUGAGAAAUUUCUGCAAUUUGAUUGGCUUAGAGCAGUGGUGUUUCAGCUUAAUUUGAAAUACCUACAUGUGAAAAUUACAAACCUUCUGGGGGUAGUAGUACAAACAAAUAAUAGCAUGAUUUGUAGUGAUAUUUGGCAUAAAUAUCGCGAGUCAUAUUUCGAAAUUGUUGUACGUAAUUUGACGAGCCGUUAGGCGAGUGAAAUUUGAGACAAUUGAAAUAUCACGAGUGGUAUUUAUAAUAUGCUAAUUGAACUGAGUGGAGUGCAAUUUAGUCUGAAAUCAUACGCGUGAUUUGAAAUCGCAAGGAUGUAUGUAUUCGGUCGAAAUACAGGUGGAAACGAGUUGUAAAAGCACUGACAUUCUUCAUUUGUGUUGAAUAUUAAUAUAUAAAUAAAAUAAUAUAUAUCUAUUCCCGCUAACUUACAUGAAAUUCCAAGGCAGAUUAAAAAAUGUACGUGAAGAAAAAAAUAUCCCUCUCUUGUCCGUAUACUUGUAUCAUCAUUAAAACAUUUCUAGAAAAACGCGAUGCAGGGGCAAAUUCAGGAUUUGAUUGUGAUUUACCAGCUCUAUUUGCACCACUAGGUGAGAUAUUAGGGAGCUUAAGCAAUGACGACGGCGAUGGUGAAUUUGCAAUGCCUCAAAUUUUACCGCGCUCAUUCCAUCUCGUUUAAUUCGUCAAAUAGAGGAGUUCACGCUCAUAGUUGCAUCAUGGGCAAUCAGGGCAAGAUGGCAGGAAAUUAGAAGAUUUGUAGUAGAAUUCAAAGCUUGCUAUUUGUUCCUGAAUUCAUAUAUUUGAAGCUUUCUCUUUGAAAAGAGUAACUUACGAGUUCAAAGAAACAAUACACUAAAUCUGGAGUGCAAAGAAGUCCGUGAUCAGUUUUUAGAAGACUUCAAUUUUUCCAUACAUUUUCUGUAAUUUUGAUACUGUCGAAUUACAGAAAAUCUAUGGGAAAAUCAAGGUUGACCACAACUGACCACGGACUUCUUUGCACUCCAGAUUUAGUGUAUUCCAAAAAAUUAACGUAGUUUCCACGAAGUAAAACUCUACAACAGCAGGUAACUCGAUAAAUUUAUAAACAAGACUAACGUCAAACUCUCUUCGCUUGGAAAACUUUCUAGUUAAACCUUCGCUAGGACUCGCCUACUUGUAUACUUUCACAAUAAGAUUCUAGAACUUUCUAAAUAAUCUAAUUAUGGAAAGAUUACAAAAUAUACUGCUUUAGAAAAGCUUACAAAUUAUCCUAAAAUAAACAAACUAUGAACUCUCGCGAAGUCUCUGGAAUGUCACGUUUAAAAGGCACGCAGUACAAUUUUUCGUAACAUAAUCCCCUUUUAGAAGAAAUAUUGUAAAUUUCAACUAAACAAGAAAAAUUGCUAAAUGAGGGGCAGUUCAAGGUGACUAAACUUAUUCCUCAGCUCGACUCAAGUAAUCUGCUCCGACGUUCUCUGAGCUCUUAAUUUUGCUAAAUGAGGGGCAGUUCAAGGUGACUAAACUUAUUCCUCAGCUCGACUCAAGUAAUCUGCUCCGACGUUCUCUGAGCUUUUAAUGGCUUCAACUCUGAAUGUAACUUUGCAAAAGCACAGCACAACGCAUAAGACGUCCGUUUGCAAACUUAGCACUGUUCAUAUACUUUAAGGGUUCAUGGUCCGUCUGCAGAACAAAGGGAACUCCGUACAAAUAAAGAUGAAAUCUCUUGAUACCCCAGACUACCGCUAAGCACUCUUUCUCAAUUGUAGAAUAGUUCCCUUCCGACAAUUUCUUUCUUGCGUAACAAACCGGGAAUAGUUUUUCAUCGUGCCUUUGCAUCAAUACUGCACCAAUUCCAUUGUUGGAAGCGUCCAUCCGUAAGAAAUAGGUUUUAGCUGGAUCGGGGAAGUGCAGAAUAGGCUCACUUGUUAGGUGGGACUUGAUUGUGUGAUAGGCUUUCUCUUGUGCUUCACCCCACUCAACUUUAUUGGAUUGGCCUUUUCGUGUAAGAUCAGAUAAGGGCGCUGCGAUCGCUGCAAAGUUGGGAAUGAAAUCACUGUAAUAUCCUGCAAGACCCAUAAAUGACCGCACUGUUUCUUUGUGCUUGGCCUUGGGGCAUCUUCAAUCUUCUCCACGUUAUCCUGAUGUAGACCAAUCAUUCCUUGCUCCAGUCGAUAGCCUAGGAAAUCCACACUGUUUACUCCGUAGGUCUGAUAGUCAACCCAGCUUGUACAAGGCGCGAAAACAGCUCUCUUAGGGCUCUGAUAUGUUCUUCCCACGUGCGUGUCUGAAGCAAUAUAUCAUUCCAGUAGCAGGCGACAUCACCUAAAUCUUCUUUCAAUUUCUUUAUUGCACGCUUCAGUGUUGCCGCCGAGUUAAUCAUUCCACUGAAAGGCAUCUUCAAGAACUCGUUCGACUCGUCAGGUGUUACAAACGCAAUUUUCGGUAUGUCCUCCUCUGGUAUAGUUAUCUGCCAGUAUCCCUUGCUGAGAUCAAUUUUUGAACAAAACUUGUCUCCACUAAGCUUCUGGAACAAAUGUUCGGCAGUUGGCAUAGGCUCAGGAUCAAAUAGAGUUAGUUUAUUUAAUUUCCGAUAAUCAACACACACGUGGUUUGUGUUAUCUCUUUUCUUCACUGCUACAACAGGUGAAGCAUAAGGUGAACUGGACUCUCUAAUAACUCCCAUUUUGAUCAUGUUAGCAAUAUCGUUUCUCAGUGAUUCUCUCAUGCUGUAAAGUAGUGGCUGAACGAGAUCUGUGGUGCCUGGUGCUUCAGUAAACAAAUUCAAGAACUGUUUAGACAGAUCCGUAAAUCCAGUCCGUUGCUCCUCCCGUAAGAUUUGGUCCAGUUGCAGCAUCCUCGAUUGACUCCUUGGCUACAUAUCCACCGAGCUCUAAGAAAUCAACCUCUCCUCCCGGCCCUGUGUUUCAUCAACGUUAGCUGCGCAGUCGACAACAACGCUCGUACUUGUAGCGCCUGCCCCAACACCUACUGCUCCUUCGACUGUAGUUUCCUCUCUCUCAAAAUACUUUUUAAGUAGGUUAGCGUGGUAAACUUUCUCCUUGCCUUUAACUUUCACCUUGUAGUCAUUGAGACCUACCACUGAACUAACUUCAAAGGGACCUUUGCAUUGCAUAAGUAACUUUUUAUGGUCUCAGCAAAAGCACUUUCCCACCUGGUUGAAACUUCCUAACUUUAGACUUGCGGUCGUAAUAGUGCUGUCCUUUCUGCUGGGCUUUCUCCAAUUCACUACAGCCUCAGGGUAGCGAGUCGAAAAAUCUACCAGCGUCAGUAUGUACCUGUGUCCUUCUUCACUCAGAGGACUGAUAGGGCCAAAAAGAUCUUUUGCUACUCUUUUAAAGGGUUUGUCAAUUAGCGGCAUCUUCUCUAACGGUACCUUCGGCACUGAUCCUUUUCUUACAGUCUUCUGACGAACGUCACAGGACUUGCAAAAUCGAGUCACGUCACCUUGAAUUCCAGGCCAAUAAAACGCACUCUGGAUCUUGUCUGUUGUUUUCGUUAUGCCCUUGUGACCACCCAGGCAAUGAUCGAUCCGUGAGCUACCUCCAUUAUGGGGCGCCUCAACUUUUCAGGUAACAUAACUUGUUUUUUAAGCCUCUUAAUUACCACCAUUCACAUAAGGGUGCUUGUACAGACGGUGCAGUACUCUACAUUUUUCUUCAAAUGAAAUCGCUGCCUGAUCCUUUACUAGUACAUCUUCUCGGUCCCAGUACUUGCUCAGACUCUCAUCUUCACGCUGCAUCUGCUUGAGCAUCUCUCUAUCCACAAUAGGGCUCUCACGGCUAAUUGGUACCUUCAAGGCCAUGCUUUCAUCCUUUUUCUUAGCUUGACUCUUGUAAUUACUGCACAGGCCUCUUGCCAACUGGGGUCUGGAUUUUGUGCGUCCCUGGCAUCAGGUACGUUGCCAAUAAUUAGGUCGUAAAUAGGAUCUGAAAGGCACUGCGCUUCUAAAUGGCCCUUAAGAAAAGGUGUAUCAACAUAAAUGCUUGCUAUAGGCACCUUCCUCGCUGCGUUGUCAAUAGCAACAUAACAUUAAAGUCUCCGGUGAACUGAUCCUCGCCGACAAGGUCCUUCUUGACUACAACUCCGCUGCAACCAGUAUCUCUUAAAACGUCAACAGUCUUUUUUCUGCCCUUUACAACAAGGAAUCUUAUUUCUUACUCCAGUUAAGGGUUCAACACAUGCAUCACUCAGCAACGGGACUUUCUUGCCUCAGGCUAACAGAAGCUGAUCAUUUUAAAUACACGACUUGACUUCCUCGGGGGAAGCGUUAAGAUAGGGUGACUUAAGCAUACAUCCAGCACUAUCGUGACCACGUUGCACAGGGUUACAAUCCUGACCUUGGCCUCCCGACUUUCGUCCACCAGAUCGACAGUUCCUCGCUUGAUGACCUUGCUUGUCACACAGGAAACACCUUUUAGCUAGAGUUGGGCAGUUAAUAGCUUUGUGUUCGAGGGCAUUACACUUGUAACACUGGAGGGUUGUUGUGUCACUCUAUGCAGUCUUUGUUUCCUCCGCCUUGGGCUGUACUUGUAGCUUCUUGCACGCAGCGCUCAACGGAUGGUUUCCGUGUGCUUUUAAGUAUUGCUCGGCAAUCUUCGCGAUCUGAACAAACGUUUCCGGGGCUCUUUCACGAAGGUGAAUAGCUGAACUCUUUUGGACAAGAGUCAAUAAACUGUUCUUUCACAAUUAGGUCUUUCAGGCCUUCAAAAGAACGUUCGGUGUUCGACAGUUCUAACCAACGCAACAAGCCGUUGUCGUUGCUUUAGCUCCCUAUUAUCAAAUACUUUCUUUCCCGUCAACUGUAUUUUGUGUAUUCAGGGGCGUAGCCAGGAUUUUUCAAAAGGGGGCGGGGGGGUCACAGAGGGAGGCUCAGUCGUAUUAUCACGGCAUGAGGGCCCAUAUUAACUAAAGACAAGAGCCGUUGACGAAAAUACUUUACAAAAAAAAAAUUUAAAAAGUGGGCUUUUCAACAAUGGCUUUUACGGCCAAGUGAUUGUCAUGGCGUUUUCGCCACCUGAAUAUUGUAGGUUGUUUGCUCAAAAGAAGGCCUACCAAGGGGGGGUCCUGGGCACCCCAGGACUCCCCCCCCCUAGCUACGUCCCUGCAUAUUGACUGUAUUUUUCACUUGGUUGUCGUGCCUGACUCCGAAUUUGGAGCUCAUGAAAAUAAAUAAAUAAACAAACAUAAUAAUAAUAAUAAUAAUAAUAAUAAUAAUAAUAAAAGGCUUCUCAACUAUCUAAGGAUGACCAAAAAAGGAUAAAAUGCGUGUAUCUUUCAAUUCUGCGUCAAAUGUACACUGGUGUAUGUUCUAAUCAUGCAUGUAAAACGCAACUAACUACUUAAUGUACUCGACACUACGACUCGCCACGAUCCCCUACGUGUUCGGGAAACGUGGUACGGCAAGAAAAUAGGUUUAAUUAGCAAAUCAUCUAGCCUGAAUUUCAGACGAUUUCUUCGAGUCCUUUUCACUCCCUCAGUAACUAAGUAAUCGUCUGAAAUUCAGGUUCCAAAUCAUCAACUUUGUACAUGCAUCUUAGUGUUUCUUCUACAUUUUUUUGCCAUCAGUGCGUUACCUCCACGUGAAAAUUCCUAAUUUCUUGUUUUUUCGGACGUGUCGUCAACAAACGAUGAUAAACUCUUUUCCCUUUCUGAACUUGGAUAUGAGUUUGCCUACAUUUGAAAAAGUACGCGACUUGCAAUAAUCGCGAAAAAUCCAGAAAGAAUGCGAAUUCACGUUUUAUAAAAAAGCUAUAUUUUUCGCCGCUGUCGUGAUAUCUUAACUUCAGGCAUCGACACGUGGCGGGAAAAAAACUACUUCCGGUCACCGUAUUAGACACACAUCUACACAUCUACACAUCUAUCUAAUCUAUCUAAUAUUUUUUCUUUUUCUGGUCCUGUAGAGAAUCAGUCUAGUGUUGCUAAUAACCUCUAUAAACUUGGAACCGAGAAACAUAAGCAACAGGAUUUCAAAUCAGCACUUCAAUUCUACCAGCGUUCGCUUGAUAUACGUAUUAAACUGUUAGAGGAAAGCCAAAGUACUGCUGACUGUUACUACUCACUGGGGAUAACACAGCAUAAGCUAGGUGAUUUCAAAGCAGCUCUUCAAUCUUUCCAGCGUGCGCUGGACAUACGUAUUAAACUGUUUGGAAAAGAACACCCAAGUACUGCUGACUGUUACUACUCACUGGGGAUAACACAGCAUUACCUAGGUGAUUUCAAAGCAGCUCUUCAAUCUUACCAGCGUGCGCUGGACAUAGGUAUUAAACUGUUUGGAGAACACCAAAGUACUGCUGACUGUUACUACUCACUGGGGUUAACACAGCAUAAACUAGGUGAUUUCAAAGCAGCUCUUCAAUCUCACCAGCGUGCGCUGGACAUACGUAUUAAACUGUUUGGAGAAGAACGCCAAAGUACGGCUGACUGUUACUUCUCCUUGGGGAUAACACAGCAUGACCUGGGUUAUUUCAAAGCAGCUCUGCAGUCAAAACAGCGUUCGCUGGAGAUAUGUAUUAAACUGUUUGGAGAAGAACACCAAAGUACUGCUAACUGUUACUACUCACUAGGGAAAACACAGCAUGAACUAGCUGAUUUCAAAGCAGCUCUUCAAUUUUACCAGCGUGCGCUGGACAUAAGUAUUAAACUGUUUGGAGAAGAACACCAAAGUACGGCUGACUGUUACCACUCACUGGGGACAACACAGCGUAAACUAGGUGAUUUCAAAGCAGCUCUUCAAUCUUGCCAGCGUGCGCUGGACAUAAGUAUUAAACUGUUUGGAAAAGAACACCAAAGUACUGCUGACUGUUACCACUCACUGGGGAUAACACAGCAUUACCUAGGUGAUUUCAAAGCAGCUCUUCAAUCUUGCCAGCGUGCACUGGACAUACGUAUUAAACUGUUUGGAAAAGAACACCAAAGUACGGCUGACUGUUACCACUCACUGGGGAUAACACAGCAUAAACUAGGUGACUUCAAAGCUGCUCUUCAAUCUUACCAGCGUGCACUGGACAUACGUAUUAAACUGUUUGGAGAAGAACACCAAAGUACGGCUGACUGUUACUUCCCCCUGGGGAUAACACAGCAUUACCUAGGUGAUUUCAAAGCAACUCUUCAAUCUUUCCAGCGUGCGCUGGACAUACGUAUUAAACUGUUUGGAGAAGAACACCAAAGUACGGCUGACUGUUACUACUCACUGGGGAUAACACAGCAGGACCUAGGUGAUUACAAAGCAGCUCUGCAGUCAUAACAGCGUUCGCUGGACAUACGUAUUAAACUGUUUGGAGAAGAACACCAAAGUACGGCUGACUGUUACUACUCCCUGGGGAUAACACAACAUGAACUAGGUGAUUUCAAAGCAUCUCUUCAAAAUCAUCAGCGUGCCCUGGACAUACGUAUUAAACUGUUUGGAAAAGAUCAUAAAAGCACUGCUGCCAGUAACCGGGAAGUGCAGAAAACACAGCGCGUAUUGGAUGGCUCGAAAGGAGGGCAUAAGUAGUUUUCAUUCAGUUCAUUGGACUUGCAAAUUACUCUUUUGGACAAAAUGGUAUGGUACCCUGAAAUAAAUAGGGUAUGUAAUAUAGUAUAAGUUCGCUGUUGUUAAGAAGAAUUUUAGUUGAUUUUGUUGGUUAACUUAUUUACCAAUUAAAAUUAAGUCUUCACUCUCAACAGAGUAUUGCAGACUGCUUCAAAUAAUAAAAAUUACAACAAUGAAUACAACAAUAACAUAAAAUUAUUAAUCAAUAUGUAAGAUUACACAGGAAUUGCCUAAAUGAAUAUGGCGAAGUAGAGGCUAUAAUUUCUGGUGGGAGAUUGUUUCACUGUGCAGUUGUCCUAGGGUAAAAAGAGUUCUUAUAAUAAUCACAUGUACAACGUGGCUGUUCAAAUCGAUGACUGAGAGACGAGAGCCUGGUGUCCAUUCUGCUCUUAUGUUCUCUCUGAAGCUUGUCGCAUUCGUAAGUGGCUUAUCCAUUACUCUGUUUGUACAGCAUACAGAGACGUGCGUCAGAUCGCCUGGACUCCAGAGAUCUCAACUUAAACAGCGAUUGACUGUCUUUGCCAAAAUAGUCGAAUUUCCUUGGGCUCAUUUGUGCCCUAAAAGGUGAAUGAUCUGAAAGGCUUGCUUGAAGCUGGCCUCGGAUGGCUUCUCCACGAGACUAGAUCAGAAUUUUCUUCCACGAGGCAUUUGGCGUUGAAAUAGCCUGAAAUUCAUCCGAUUUCUUCGAGUCGUUUUCUCCUCUCAACAACGUCUGAAUCGACCGGCCGUUAAUGCUGUCCAGUGACGUCACUCACUACCCGAAAACCGAGUAGUGAUUUUGUUUGGUUGAUUGUCUAAACAUUCGCAUAAUUAUGUNUCCCCCUGGGGAUAACACAGCAUUACCUAGGUGAUUUCAAAGCAACUCUUCAAUCUUUCCAGCGUGCGCUGGACAUACGUAUUAAACUGUUUGGAGAAGAACACCAAAGUACGGCUGACUGUUACUACUCACUGGGGAUAACACAGCAGGACCUAGGUGAUUACAAAGCAGCUCUGCAGUCAUAA